CUGCCUCCCCGCAUUUCCGCUCAAAAUAGCGGACGAGGCCAAAGGCUCCCCCAACCCAACCGUUCUCCCGCCCUCGUUCCUUUGCUCCUCCCUUCCUUCCUCGGGAAGCCUAGGGUUUAGGGCUUCAACCGCCGCGAUGUACGGCGGCGGCGGCGGGCACUACGACGGCGGCGGUGGCGGUGGCGCCGCCAACGCCAACUCGCUCUUCGGCGGCGGGGGCUUCAUGCCCUCACAGUCCACGGCGGUCCCGGAGAGCAGCGGCCUCUCCAAGGGUCGGAGCGCGCAGACGCUGCUCCCGCUCACCGUGAAACAGAUCAUGGACGCGGCGCAGGCCAGCGAUGACAAAUCUAAUUUCGCCAUCGACGGCGUUGAGGUGUCCACGGUUAGGCUUGUUGGACGCAUGUUGAAUAAGGUUCACCGUGUCACAGAUGUUCAAUUCACUCUUCAUGAUGGUACCGGCAAGAUAGAUGUGAAUCGUUGGGAAAAUGAGUCUUCCGACGCUAAGGAAAUGGCUGAUGUCAAUGACGGGGACUAUGUUAUAGUCAAUGGCGGUUUGAAAGGUUUUCAAGGAAAGCGCCAUAUAGUUGCCUACUCUGUGCGGCGUGUGACAGACUUCAAUGAAAUACCCCAUCACUUUCUGCACUGCAUUCAGGUGCAUCUGGAUCACACCAGGCCAAAGGCCCAAAUAAAUGCCAGUACGGCAACCCUUGGUCAUACUAACCAAGUUCGGCCCUUUAAUAAUCAGGCUGCAACGUUUUCUGCAUCAGGAAAUGCUGCUGGAAACAACGUGUCUGACUUGGUCAUGAGUGUUUUUAAUGACCCAGCAGCCAUAGACCGGGAGCAUGGACUGCACAUCAAAGAUGUCGCAAAUCGUCUUAAACUAUCAGAAGAUGUAGUCAGGGCGGUCAUCCAACAUCAUGUUGACCAGGGCGACAUUUACAACACGAUUGAUGACAACCAUUUCAAGUCUGCCGCGAAUGGAUGAUCAUGUUGCAAGUCCAGCCUUCAGGCUCUGUGUAGGUAUGGAGCCGUUUCAAGCAAGAAAUGUAAACCCUCUGCAGGAUCGCCUCUAUCUUCCAUAUGGUCAUCAGGGUGUCAACAGCUUAACUUCUAGGUUUCGGUGUGUAUCUAAGUACUGCUCUCUUAUGCAGUUAUAUGUAAUGGACAUAUGAUGUGAUUGGACUAGGUCUACCUGCUGGACAUCAGUUGUGUUUGCUACUCAAGUAACGUACAAGUAACACCGUGUGCAGGAUGGAUCUAGCAAAAUCAGUUUCAAAGUUCCCUGGCGCUA